GACACCCACAGCGAGUCGUCACCGUGACGGGGAAGGACGACAUGAUGCGGCCCUUCUUACCAAUGCUGCUGCUCGGUCUGCUGGGACCCUGCGCCGCCGAAACCCCACUCACACAGCGAUGUAAAUCCACAAAUAACACUAUAUACAAAUAUAGUGCAAAGACCCUAAACGGGAGUCACACUGUGAACCUCAGUGACUUCAAGGGCAAGAGCGUCCUCUUCAUCAACGUGGCCACAUACUGAGGGUAUACCUUCCAGUAUGUGGAACUGAAUGCACUCCACGAGCAGAUGAAACCCCUUGGACUAACCAUUCUGGGCUAUCCCUGCAACCAAUUUGGGAAACAGGAACCAGGGCAAAGACAUGAAAUUCUGCCAGGCAUAAAGCAUGUUAGGCCAGGCAAUGGAUUUGUUCCAAACUUCCUGAUGUUUGAGAAAGGUGACGUGAAUGGAAAAGAAGAGCAAGAGGUUUUCACUUUCCUUAAGGACUCCUGCCCUCCAGUCGGAGAUCUCAUCGGGGACCCUGCCAGAAUGUUCUGGGUGCCCAUGAAACUCACCGACAUCAAGUGGAACUUUGAAAAGUUUCUGGUGGGUCCGGACGGGAAGCCGGUGAUGAGGUGGCACCCAAGUGUCAGAGUUUCCACGGUCCUGGAUGACAUUCACAAAUACCUGCUCGAGCUGUACAUGCAGCAGACGAUCAGCUAGAUCUGAUUCAUCCCUCUGUGUGCUCUACCUAAGGAAGUAUCUGUAAUGAGAUGCACCAGAUAGGUAGAGCAAUGUAAAACAGUUAGAAUAAUGUUAACAGAUUCUGAUACUUAGGAUGGCAUGUUGAAUGAAGAGGAGGCUUGAAAACAGGAACCCUGUGGGGCCUCUUUGGAGUCUGGGGUUCAGGACGGCUCUUCAGUGCAUUCGAGCUGCCCUGAAAUCCCAGUGUCAUGUCGUCUUCUCAUCCCAGGACAUGUUAACAUCGCAUUCUAAAUGUUAAUUACUAAUAAUAAAUCAUGGAGAACA